AUGGACCACUCGUUCGUCGGAAUGAACGGUGGCCAGAUCUUCCACGAGAUGAUGUUGAGACACAACGUCAAGCACGUCUUCGGUUACCCCGGAGGUGCGAUCUUGCCCGUCUUCGAUGCCAUCUACAACUCCGAGGCCUUUGACUUCAUUCUUCCCCGCCACGAACAAGGAGCUGGCCACAUGGCCGAGGGUUACGCUCGUGCUUGCGGCAAGCCCGGUGUCGUCCUCGUCACCUCUGGUCCCGGAGCCACCAACGUUAUCACACCCAUGCAAGAUGCUCUGAUGGACGGUACCCCCAUGGUCGUCUUCUGCGGUCAGGUCCCCACCACCGCAAUCGGCUCAGAUGCUUUCCAGGAGGCCGAUGUCAUUGGCAUCUCGAGAGCCUGCACAAAGUGGAACGUCAUGGUUAAGAACAUCGCCGAACUGCCGCGUAGAAUCAACGAGGCCUUCGAGAUUGCUACCUCUGGCCGCCCCGGUCCCGUCUUGGUCGACUUGCCCAAGGAUGUCACUGGUGCCAUGCUCAACCGCCCCAUCCCCAUGAGCAGCACUCUCCCCACCCACCCCAGUGCUGCCUCGCUCGCCGCAAAGGACUUGAGCAGAAAGCAGCUCGACACGGCCAUCGCUCGCACUGCUGAUCUCAUCAACAUGGCCAAGAAGCCCGUCAUCUACUGCGGUGCUGGUAUCCUCGGCCAUGUUGACGGUCCCAAGCUCUUGAAGGAGCUCUCCGAGAAGGCCCAGAUUCCUGUCACCACUACCCUCCAGGGUCUCGGUGCUUAUGACGAGCUUGACCCCAAGGCUCUUCACAUGCUCGGCAUGCACGGUUCCGCCUUCGCCAACAUGGCCAUGCAAGAGGCCGAUCUCAUUCUCGCCCUCGGUGCCCGUUUCGACGAUCGUAUCACUGGUCACGUUCCUCGCUUCGCUCCCCAGGCCCGUCUUGCCGCUUCUGAAGGCCGCGGUGGUAUCGUCCACUUCGACAUCAUGCCCAAGAACAUCAACAAGGUCAUUCAAUGCACCGAGGCUGUUGAAGGUGACGUGACUGACAACCUCCGUCACCUCCUUCCUCAGGUCAACAACACCGCCGAGAGCGACCGCAAGGAGUGGUUCGGCCAGAUUGCUGACUGGAAGAAGCGCUUCCCUUGGGCUUACGAGAAGGAGUCCGGUCCCGACUCGCUCAUCAAGCCUCAGACCGUCAUCAGCAUGCUUUCUGAUAUGACCGACCACAUCAAGGACAAGACCGUCAUCACCACUGGUGUUGGUCAACAUCAAAUGUGGACCGCCCAGCACUUCCGCUGGCGUCACCCUCGCACCAUGAUCACCUCUGGUGGUCUCGGCACGAUGGGUUACGGUCUCCCUGCCGCCAUCGGUGCCAAGGUCGCCUGCCCUGAGAAGCUCGUCAUCGACAUUGACGGUGACAGCUCCUUCUCCAUGACCUUGACUGAGCUCUCCACUGCUGCCGAGUUCAACAUUGGUUGCAAGGUCCUCAUCUUGAACAACGAGGAGCAGGGCAUGGUUACACAGUGGCAAUCUCUCUUCUACAACGAUCGCUUCGCACACACCCACCAGCGUAACGCCGACUUCGUCAAGCUUGGUGACGCCAUGGGUGUCCCUGCUCGUCGUUGCACCAAGAUCGGUGACCUCAAGGACAGCCUCCAGUGGCUCAUUGAGGGCUCUGGCGAGGGUCCCGCCCUUCUUGAGGUCGUUACCGACCAGAAGAUCCCUGUCUUGCCUAUGGUUCCCGGUGGCUCUGCCCUCCACGAGUUCCUCGUCUACGACGAAGCCAAGGAGAAGGAGCGUCGUCAGCAAACAAGAGACCGUUCCGGCAGGUAA